AUGGCGAUGUCGGCGCUGCCAACGUCCGCCCUGAGUUCCCUGGAGGCGAUGCUCCACUCUCUGAUGCGAGGAUCAGGAGGAGGAGGAGGAGCGGGGGGCGGCGAUGACGACGACACGCCCAUCGACGACACCCUCGCCUCGCCGCCGCCACUUCCCGCGCGGCCGACUCCGCGAGGCCGGCAACCUUUGCGACCGCGGUACAGAGUCCGGGUCCAGGCCGCAGAGCCAUGGGCGCCUCCGCCGCUGCCGUCGUCUCCUUCACCGUCGCCGUCGUCGCCGUCGCCUAUUGAGGACCCCGAAGACGCGAGGAUGGCGACGGAGGAUGUUUCAGCCUUGGUGGUGGAGGAGCUGGAGAGGAAGGCGGUGGAGGUCGAGGCGCGGCUGCGGGAGAAGGAGGAGGAGAACGCCGCGCUGAAGCGGCGGAUCGAGAGCUACCACAUCCGGUGGCUGGACUACGAGAUCAGGACCAAGUCCCUCGAGGAAGCCUUCCAUGAACAGAUGGCCGCUCUGCAGAUGGCUCAGGACGCUGCACGAAUGGCCGAAGAGACAGCGUACGAUCGCCGCGGACCCUCGGAACCCCACAGGGAGACGGCGGUCGAGGAUCCGCCGGUGGUGAGGCUGUGGCACGGCCGGGACCGUCUGUCGUCCGUGGGCGCCAGGCGGAGCGCGGUGGGCCGCCUCGGCUCGGAGUUCCGGCGGCAGAGCCGUACGCUGGAGCGCGCCGUCGAGCGCCGCCGGCCGCCAGCUCCGCCGACGACCUCAAGAGGCUCAAGGCGCAGUUCCGCGCGUGGGCCAAGGACUACAAGGCCCGGCUGCGCAGGGCCCAGGCCGAGAUCGACAGGGACAAACGGCGUGGGGCAGCUGCUGGAUUUGAAGUUUUGA